UGACAUGUGAGAAUUUUGAGGUUAUAUAUUUUUAUAGUAUAUUGUUUGUUUAUUAAUAUGUCUUUAUUUAAACUGAAAACUGUUCCUACACUUCUGAUUGAAGAUGACUGCAAUAAAAAUAUACUUCCCAUAGUUACGGAACUCAUCGAUAACACAGAUUGUAUUCUUAAAAUAUUUUGUUAUGAACAACCAGUACAUUGUUGGCAAAGUAUUUUUAAAGAUAAAUCUGUCCAAUGCUUUAAAGGAUUUCAAAAAGAGGAUUGUACUCGAAUAACAGACAAAAGUAAGAAGGUCAUUUGUAUCAUUGAUUCAGUUAAUCAAAUGGCAUUAGAAAUGAGUUGGGACGAAUGCUUAAGAAACAUAAAAAACCUGCAGAACGAUUGCAGUAUAAUUAAAUUAAUAAUUGUAUUACAUACGGAUUGCAUUCCAAACGCUUCUAAAUUACGUGUUAAUUUAAAUCACAUGGCAAAUGGUAUUAUAACAUAUGAUAGUAAAAAUUGUUACAAAGUGUCAAUUCAAAUAAAGAAAAAUGGGAAAUUUUUCAAAAGCGAAGAAAUGAUAUCCUAUGACAGGAUGGCCUCUACAUUAAAACUAACGCCGAUUGUGAAGGCCGAUAAGAAAGUUGAAGAGCCAGAAAAAAUAUCACCUGGUAAUCUCACUACAUUCAAAAUAGAAAUGGAUCAGACACAGCAAUUAGAAAAGCAUAAACUAAAGUUACCGUAUAUGAGUAAAAUAAAAGAAGGACAGGGUAAGGUUUAUUAUGAACCUGAUGCAGUUGAUGACUGGGAUGAUGAAGAUCCAGAUGAUGAUCUUGAUAUAUGAAUUAAUUAAAAAGAAUACUAAAACA